AUGUCAAUAUCAGUUGACAGUAAUAAUCUUAGUUUUGUUAACGAUUUGAAUCCUGCUAAGGAUAUGUGGAACAUGAAGGCGAGAAUUAUACGAAAAUGGAAUCAGGGUUAUAAAAUGGAGAUCAUCUUCAUUGAUGAGAAGGGUGCUAAGAUUCAAGGAGGUAUUAAGAGUCAUCUGAUACCUGUGUUUGAUGGACAGCUGCAAGAAGAUGCUGUUGUGAUUCUUUCGAAGUUUGGUGUUGGUGAGAAUAAAGAUUUAUAUAAAGUAGUAGUGCAGCCUUAUAAAAUCAACUUUUAUAGAUGCACAACUGUUACUCGUGUGAGAGAUUGGCAAGGUGUUGAGUAUGGUUUCAAUUUCAGAGCUUAUGAAGAUAUUCUUCAAGGAGAGGCGUUAAACGCUUUGAGUGUUGAUGUUGCUGGAUCUGUGAUUUCUUGUGGAGAUCUUGAAAUCUUUGAUCGACCUCCAAAGGAGACUAAGAAGAUGAAUUUCGAUAUUGAAGAUUUGGAUGGAAAGGUUUUGUGGUGUACUGUGUGGAAUGAUUAUGCUCUGCAGAUUAAGGACUUCAUUUCUAAAGUCCCACCUCAUGAGCAUGUGAUGGCUGUUAUCCAGCAUGGAAAGUGUAAGGAAUGGAAAGGUGAAUAUACUGUUCAAAGUGAUAAGUUUGCAACACGAAUUUUUCUGAAUGAAGAAAUUGAUGAAGUUAAUGAGCUAAGGAGGAGGUAA